UAGAAAACUAUCACUCAAACAAAAAUUCAAACACUAAAACAAUCUAUAAAGGAGAAAAAAAAUAUGGCAGGAUUACCGUUGAUAAUUUGCCUAAGAUCAGAUAGCAACAACAAAUAUAUGAGAUAUCAAAAUGAAAAUGUUCAACAACAUGGUCUUCUUCAAUUUGCAGCAGAUAAGGUAACUGAUCCUUUAGCUCAAUUUGAAGUCGAGCCUUCCAUGACUAGUAAUGACCUUGUUCAUAUCAAAUCUCGCUUCACUAACAGAUACUUGGUUAGGUGGUCUCCCAAUCAUUAUUGGAUUUCAGCCUCAGCUGUUCAACCAUGUGAAAAGCAAGAGCUUUGGUGUUGUACAUUAUUCAAACCCGUUUACACAGAUGAUAAAACAAAGAUCCGACUACUUCAUGUACAACUUAAUCUUUUUGCUACCAACACCACUAUACAAAAUACAACCUUCGACUCAUAUUUAUUUGCAAAUCAAUCCAAAGAAGUCAAUAAUAUUAACUCUACAGAUGUUUUUACCGUCAUAGAUUGGGAAUCACUCUUUAAUUUUCCCAAAAAUGUCACAUUUAAAGGAGACAAUGGGUUAUAUUUAGGUGCAACUACAUCUAAUAACCUUCCAUGUCUACAAUUUGCGUAUGAAAAUGUUAAUGAUCCUAAGGUUGCGCACGAGUUGUUUGUCAAUCUCCCUGAUGGUACGGUCAGCAUGAAAUCCAAAUAUACGAACAAGUUUUGGAGACGUUCUACGGAUGAUUGGAUAUUAACUGAUGGAAAUGAUCCUCGCGAAACUCAAGAUGCUGCGGGUUAUUUUAGGCCAAAUAUUCAUGAUGUGAAUGUGGUUUCGUUCCUCAAUAUGUCGAAAACUUGGUAUAUUAAGAGAUACACUACUGGUACGUUUUUAAAUUGCCUGAAUGCGGCUACUCCAGAUGUUGAUGACACUGCGUUUAUAGAGAUUAUUGACUUGGAAUCUAAGUCCAACAAUUGAUCAAUUACUACUAUGUUUUAUGUACUCUUUUUCUGUGCUUUGUUGUCUUUGGUUUCUUUAAUAAAAUAAAGAAUAAAAGUUUGUAUGGUUGUGAGAAAAUCGGUUCUUGUAAUAGUUGGAGUCUUGAAGAGUACGAUGUACGUACUAAUUUUAAGGUGUUAUCUGUGAUAAAAACAUCAUUGUGUUAUUUGUUGCAUUAUAUUAAUAAUAUGAUGUUUUUGAGUA